UCGCCAAAGAAUAAUUUCCUUGUUUUAUUAAAACAGACACUCGACGUUCAGUCACAAAAUAACAAUUUAACUGAACGGUUAUAAAAUAAAUAAUAAUAAUAAUAAUAAUAAAAAUAUUAUUAUAUUUGUCUUUGUAAUACAUUCCAUAUUUCAACGCAUACAGAUCCAACUGUAUGAAACUCUAAAAAACCAAUUCCAUUAUGCUGGGAAAAACAAUUAAAAUUUUUCUCUUGCUCAUUGGAGUGUAUCUUGAAUUUGCUACAUGUUAUUCAGCAUAUCAAGAUGCGCUCAUAAUAAGAGAAUAUAAAAGACAACUACGACGCAAUGCAACACUAUCGGCACCCGAUUUAGAUCAUGUGAAAAUUGCUCGAAAUUUAGUGCAUCAAGCCAACUGGGCUUCUGUAGGUACAAUAUCAACACAUAGUGCCGUUAAAGAUUAUCCAAUGGUUAAUAUAAUAUCUAUAAACGAUAAUGAUGCUUUUGGUCAAUCGACUGGACGCAUAAGGUUUCUUUUGACUGAUUUAGAUUUUACUGGUCCCGAUUGGCAGCAUAACAAUAAGGCUACAUUCUUGUUUACUGAUGAGCAAUUAAUGCAUUGCUCUAAAAGGCCGUGGCCUGAUAAUAACUCACCUAUUGAUCCCAUGGAACCAACAUGUGCUCGUGCUAUUAUAAGUGGACAAGUUGUUAAGAUGGAUAAAUCAAGCAAUGAUUAUGAUGGUGCUUUAGUAGCUUUCGUCGAAAGACAUCCUGCUGCUAAGAAUUGGUUAAAGGCACACUCAUUUUACCUAUGUGAGCUGAAUAUUACAAAUAUUUUUGUUUUGGAUUAUUAUGGUGGGCCACAUACUGUUAAUAUUACCGAUUAUUAUAAUACAAAACCAUAAUUUUGUAUAUAAAUUUUAAAAUAAAUUCAAUAUUUACAAUUUUUGUUUUUGUAAAUAAUAAUAAAAA